CCAUCGAUCAACGUAAUGGUACAGUCCACAACACCCGGGUUUCCGCGCGAAAAGACGGCCCGCGCGCCCGAAUUGCUUAUAGCAGCCUUUGCAGGAAUCAGCAACACAGGCAGUCAUUCUGCAGCCACGCAGCCACGGCGGGUUUAGCCAUUGUUUUAACGGAUUUUAAAGCUCAUUUGUUUCUUGCCUCAUACGUUUAGCUAGCUUUUUACCAUGCCAUCUAGGACUUCCCCGUUGUUGCCAGAGGAUGUCAGGAAAAGGCUGGAGGUGUUGGAUAAAGAUGGAUCUUCAGACGAGGAUCAUGUGAAAGAAAAGCUGAAGUUGGUCCAGGACUUCCUCCACGUUGAUGCUCAGGAACAGUUGACCAGCCUUGAGGAAAAAAUGAAAAAUUCAGAGAUCACUAUGGAGGUCUACAUCUCUAAAGUAAAAGCCUUGCUGGGAAAGGAGCUUCCACUUGAAAAUGGCUCACAUGUUGAUGGUGUUGAGCAGAAUGGAAAAAGUAAUGGCUUCACAAAUGGUUCCCACAAAGAUAAGGACGGUGAAGAUGUGACAAUGGAGGUAUCGGAGGAAGAGGAGGCUUUAAAAUCACCAACUGCUUCCAAAGGGAAGGGUGGACGCAAAAGCAAGACUAACUCUGACUCGCAAGCGAGUACCAGGGUGACAAGAAACGGCGGGAAACAACCCACCAUCAUGUCAAUGUUCUCCAAAGUUCAAAAGCGCAAGUCUGAAGACUUAAAUGUGGAAGAUACAAAUGGAAAAACAGAAGUGAAGAAAGAGGAAGAAGAAGCCGAGGAGUCUCGGGAGGAGAAGCGUCUCAAAGUGGACCCUGAUGAAAAACCUGCUCCAACAGAAUCAAAGAGUGAGAUUGUGAAGCCGGUUUCUGCUGCAAAGACCCCACCCCCCAAAUGUCAAGACUGCAGACAGUACUUGGAUGACUCAGAUCUCAAGUUUUUUCAAGGGGAUCCUGACAAUGCGCUGGAUGAACCAGAAAUGCUAACUGAUGAGCGCCUCUCUCUGUUUGACUCCAAUGAGGAUGGCUUUGAAAGCUACGAGGAUCUGCCUCAGCACAAGAUCACAAACUUCAGCGUGUACGACAAGCGUGGCCACCUUUGUCCAUUUGACUCUGGACUGAUUGAGAAGAAUGUGGAGCUCUACUUCAGCUGUGUGGUUAAACCAAUCUAUGAUGACAACCCCUGCUUAGACGGAGGCGUACCUGCCAAGAAGCUUGGACCCAUCAACGCAUGGUGGAUCACUGGUUUUGAUGGUGGAGAAAAAGCUCUCAUUGGUUUCACUACAGCUUUUGCCGAUUACAUCCUGAUGCAUUCGAGCGAUGAGUACGCUCCAAUCUUUGCGCUGAUGCAGGAGAAGAUCUACAUGAGCAAGAUUGUGGUGGAAUUCCUCCAGAAGAAUCGGAAUGCCUCUUAUGAAGACCUUCUCAAUAAGAUAGAGACCACUGUGCCUCCUGCAGGACUAAACUUCAACUGCUUCACUGAAGACACACUGCUGCGCCAUGCCCAGUUUGUGGUGGAGCAGGUGGAGAGCUACGAUGAGGCUGGGGAUUCUGACGAGGGUCCCAUCAUUGUCACUCCCUGUAUGAGGGACCUGAUCAAGCUGGCUGGAGUCACUCUAGGAAAGAGGAGAGCCGCCAGGAGACAGGCCAUUCGUCACCCCACAAAAAUAGAGAAGGACAGCAAGGGACCGACUAAAGCCACAACCACCAAGCUGGUGUACCAGAUCUUUGAUACCUUCUUCUCUGAUCAGAUCGAGCAGGACGGGAAAGAGAACGGUGCAUCCAAAAGACAACGCUGUGGUGUCUGUGAGGUUUGUCAGUCUCCUGAUUGUGGCAAGUGCCCAGCUUGUAAGGACAUGAUCAAAUUUGGAGGAAGUGGAAAGAGCAAGCAGGCCUGUAAGCAGAGAAGGUGCCCCAACCUUGCAGUAAAGGAGGCUGAAGAUGAUGAGAUUGUUGAAGAGGAUGUUCCCGUGGAGAAGCCCAAAAAGGUUUCUCAAGCUAAGAGGAAGAAGCAGAGCCAGUGCAAGCUGUCAUGGAUCGGAGAUCCUAUUCAGACUGAGGGGAAGAAGAAGUACUACCAGAAGGUCUGUGUGAAUGAUGAAGAGCUGGAGGUGGGCGACUGCGUUUCAGUUUCAUCAGAGGAUCCGAGCACCCCUCUGUAUCUGGCAAGGAUCACGUCUCUGUGGGAAGAAUCUACUGGAAAGAUGUUCCACGCCCACUGGUUCAUGCGUGGGAUUCACACAGUACUUGGGGAGUGCUCUGAUCCGCUGGAGCUCGUCAUUGUUGACGAGUGUGAGGACAUGCAACUCAACUAUGUGCAAGGCAAAGUGAAUAUCACGUACAAGGCCCCGUGUGAGAACUGGUUCAUGGAGGGUGGAAUGGAUGAAGACAUCAAGGUGAUCGAGGAUGACGGGGAGAGUUUCUUCUAUCAGUUCUGGUACGACACAGAUUAUGCCCGUUUUGAGACGCCUCCCAAGACGACUCCAAUAGACGACUGCAAAUUCAGGUUCUGCGGCAGCUGUGUUAGAAUUAAAGCAAGAGAUAACAAAGACACACCUUGUGCAUUUGAACCCUUGGAGGACAAAGACAGCGACUCCAAGGCCCUGUAUGCUUUGGCCUGCUUUAAGGGGGAGCAGUUCAAGGUUGGAGAAAGCGUGUACCUGCCUCCUGAUGCUUUUAAUUUCAGUGUUAAACCAGCAAGUCCAGUGAAGCGCUCCCACAGGAAAGAAGAUGUGGAUGAGGACCUGUAUCCAGAGUAUUACAGAAAGUCCUCAGACUACAUCAAAGGGUCAAACCAGGACGCACCGGAGCCCUUCCGCGUCGGACGCAUCAAGGAGAUCUUCUGUCACAGGCGCAGCAACGGAAAACCUGAUGUCACGGAAGUCAGACUUCGACUCUACAAGUUCUACAGGCCUGAGAACACUCACAAAGGUGUUAAAGCCAGUUACCACACAGACAUCAAUCAGCUGUACUGGAGCGAUGAAGAGGUGACUGUCAACAUGUCAGAGGUGCUCGGACGCUGUCAGGUGGAAUACGGAGAAGACCUGAACGAAUCAGUUCAGGAUUAUUCCAGUGGUGGACCUGACCGUUUCUACUUCCUGGAGGCCUAUAACGCAAAAUCCAAAAGCUUUGAGGACCCUCCAAAUAACGCUCGCUCUGCUAACCAUAAAGGCAAAGGAAAGGGAAAAGGGAAAGGUAAAGGUAAAGGGAAGGCCUCCUCUGCGCAGGAACCCCAGGACUCUCAGACUGAACCCCAAACACUUAAAGUGCCCAAAUAUCGCACACUGGACGUGUUCUCUGGCUGUGGUGGACUUUCAGAAGGCUUCCACCAGGCUGGUAUCUCCGAGACUCUGUGGGCCAUCGAGAUGUGGGAGCCCGCAGCACAAGCCUUCAGGCUCAACAACCCUGGCACCACAGUGUUCACCGAGGACUGCAACGUCCUGCUCAAGCUGGUCAUGUCUGGAGAGAAGACCAACUCUCUGGGUCAGAAGCUGCCUCAGAAGGGCGACGUGGAGAUGCUUUGCGGAGGACCCCCCUGCCAAGGCUUCAGCGGGAUGAACCGCUUCAACUCUCGUACUUACUCUACGUUCAAGAACUCGCUGGUGGUCUCCUAUCUCAGUUAUUGUGAUUACUACAGACCCAAGUUCUUCCUCCUCGAGAAUGUGAGGAACUUUGUCUCAUUCAAAAGCUCCAUGGUCCUGAAGCUGACCCUACGCUGUCUUGUGCGUAUGGGCUACCAGUGCACUUUUGGUGUCCUCCAGGCUGGUCAGUACGGAGUGGCUCAGACCCGGCGCAGGGCGAUCAUCCUCGCUGCUGCUCCCGGAGAGGAGCUUCCUCGCUAUCCUGAGCCCCUGCAUGUGUUUGCACCCAGAGCUUGCUCCCUGAGUGUUGUGGUGGAUGAAAAGAAAUACGUCAGCAAUGUCUCACGAGGAAACGGAGGAAUCUACAGAACCAUCACCGUCAGGGACACCAUGUCUGACCUACCAGAGAUUCGCAACGGUGCUGCUUCCUUAGAGAUCUCUUACAACGGGGAGCCUCAGUCCUGGUUCCAGCGGCAGAUCCGAGGCACACAGUAUCAACCAAUCCUGAGGGAUCAUAUCUGCAAGGACAUGAGCGCUCUGGUCGAGGGUCGUAUGCGCCACAUCCCUCUGGCUCCAGGCUCUGAUUGGAGGGAUCUGCCCAACAUGGAGACCCGGCUGAAAGAUGGCACCAUGACCAAGAAACUGCGCUACACACACCCUGACAAAAAGAACGGGCGCAGCAGUACAGGUGCACUAAGAGGUGUUUGCACUUGUGCAGGAGGGACGCCAUGCGACCCUGCAGACAGGCAGUUCAACACCCUGAUCCCUUGGUGUCUGCCUCACACUGGGAACCGCCACAACCACUGGGCUGGACUCUAUGGCAGAUUGGAAUGGGAUGGUUUCUUCAGCACAACUGUCACCAAUCCUGAACCCAUGGGCAAGCAGGGCCGUGUCCUGCAUCCUGAGCAGCACAGAGUGGUCAGUGUGAGGGAGUGUGCACGCUCUCAGGGCUUCCCUGAUACAUACCGCUUCUUUGGGAACAUCCUGGACAAACACAGACAGGUUGGAAACGCUGUGCCGCCUCCUCUCUCCAGAGCCAUUGGCAUGGAGAUUAAAAGGUGCAUCUUGGAGAGAAUCAAGGAAGAACAAGCGCCAGAAAACGUGAAACAGGAGAAGAUGGAGGUCUCUGAUUAGUUCCCUUCCCAGCAGGAAUCAGUUCCAUAAAGCCUGAUGUUGAUGUGUAGGGCAAUCAUUUCUAUAAAAUAAGCUGGCUUCAACUGUGUCACUAAGUGGCUACCAUGGAUAUUCUGUGCAGUGCCAUUUCAUCACGUUUAUUUAAAUCUGUUUUUUAAUGUGCUUUUCAUCAUGAUGUUGGGAAGUGCCCACCCAAUGUGGGACAAAUUGUAUGUAGUUUUUAAUGUUUCAAAUAAAGCUCUUAUGAAUUA